AUGGAGACGGGACAAGAUCGCGCCCAGCGCUUGAACGAACGCCUUCGUGGCGCCGGUCGAGCCGACGUCGGGAGCGAUGACUUUAACCUCGAGAUCGAGGGCAUAGGCGAGCCGUUCCGACCACCCAGCUCGUCCACACCGCCAGCGAGCCGGCCGAGCCUUGCAGCCCAGCAAAGCCCGGAGAUCCCCUCCGCACCACAGGAGCCAAGCGAGCCGGCAAGCUCUCCGAUUAGAAACCGACCUCCUCGAAGUCCUAGAUGGCCACCCCCAUACCAUGAGGAAGUCACCGAAAGCCCAGUUCAUGCCCCAGGCAGUGGACACCGUCGGCGAGUUCCUGUGCAGGACGCCUCAGCCACCGGGGCUCGCAUGAGGAUCGCCCUGGAGUCCACUCCAAUCCAGGCGGUCCCCAUGCCAUCACUUAGCCGUCCUCCUCGUCAGAGUCAGGCUCCGGCGCCCACGCGGCGAACCCCGAGCCCAGCUGGCGCUUCCGGCGACGAAUCCCCGGCCGAACCCGACGAUGCGGCGCUGAUGCCACCACCUAGAGUGCCUCGAGCAGCACAGAAGCUGCCACAGCCCGCUGGUAGCGGCGUCAUACCCGGAUCUCCGUCCGCUGAGGAGGAAGAGGCCGAAGAGAUCGGGGACAGGGCCGCGGCCGCCACGAUCGGCCGCAAGAGACCCCGCGUGAGCUUCCAGCCAUCCCCCGAACUCGGCUCCGAAGAGUCAGAUCCUGAGCCCGCUGAGGAGCGCCCGGCGCCCAAGCGUCCCCGCCCGCAACCGCCGUCGCGGCGCGAACCCGCGGCGCAGCGGCAGCCCAAGCGGCGAAACCCGGCCGAGGGUGGCGCUCAGGGCAAGAAGCGCGGCCGUCCGCGCAAGGAGUCGGCGCAGCGCUCGGGCGGCACCGUCGCGGGCGGUGCCGACGACAACGUCAUCGAGAUCACGGUGCAACGAUUCGUCAACGGGCCCGACGCGGACAGCGACGAGGAGGCGCAGACCGCGACCGCCCUGGCCAACCGCAACGGCGAGACGGUGGUCGACGUCUUCGCCCAGGUCUGCGAGGAGGUCAUCGCCACGACGCUGGGCAAGUACGAGUACCUGCGGCAGGAGACGCAGGCCGAGGACAAGAAGAGGGACUGCCGCAUCAAGAUGCGCGCCAUCGAGGCCUUUCGCGAAGAAGUCAGCGCGCAGCUGUUGCAGCAUUCGAUCUACCUGAAUCACUGGUACUCGCUGCGGAAACGCAUCCGUCAUGUACAGAAAGAGAAGCUCGAGCUGCGUCAGGAGAUUCUCCGCCUCAAGGCCGAAAAGGACCAAGUGGCACUUCGCAUGGACGGCGUACGAGCUCGCAGCGAAAAAGACGGCGGCGAGUCCAAGUACCGAUUGAGUGCCUCAAACCUCAUGCACGACAUUGAUCUGGCUGUGGAGCAGGGCCGCGAUGCCGCCGAUCUAUCAUCACGAGCCCGAAAGGAAGCCGAGCUUGGCAACCUGGAGCUUACCAUUUCACAGCUAGCAGAGCAAGUGAGCAGCAAUGGCUCUACAGGCGGUCUCCUCCGCCAAGUCCAAGACUUCAACGCCUUCCUGGAGCGCGCCGCCGCAGUGCUCGGGACAAGAUGA